UUAUAAUUCAGCUCUCCUGACCAUUGUCAGUGGCUUUUGGAUCACCAAGCCUUGCCUGUGUGAAGACUCUGUUUCCUCUUAAAGGGCUACAGGACCUUUCUGAAGAUCUUUCCUGCUGGGGGCCAAUUGGGCCCUGUCCCUAGGUGUGGUGACAGUGCAUGACUUGGUCUGGGACCAUUUUAGCCAUCUUUUUCUAGAUAGUGGUUCUCAAACUUUGGUGUGUGUUGGAAUGGCCUGAAAGCUAAUAAAGAACAGAGGCGCGGGUCAGUGACAUAGGAUAGGACCUGGGUCUUUGUAUUUUUACCAAGUGUGCAGAGUGAUUGGCUCUAAUACAGUCAAAGUUUGAGAACCCAGGAGAUAUGUCAUUGCUUCAUAAGUACCACCCCCAAAAGGGAGGUGAUUAUUUAUUGAAGGGGAUUCCAAAUGUAUUUAACUUCAGCCCUUCAGUUCAGUUUCCUGUUUAUUCUAUUUGUUUAAAAAGUAAAUGUAUGACUAUAAGUAUGCUGAAUAUCCCUGCUUAACAAGAACUGUACUAGGUGCUGCAGGAGUAUCGAGAUGAAUGAGAAGUGGCACUUGAGAUGGGCCAGGAAUGAGUGAACUUAGGACACAUGGAGGUGAUGAUGGUUGCUGAGGGGUGGGGGACCAAAGGUAAGAGGGCAAAGAACAGAAGCAGCAUGGGGGAAGAGUGAUUGAAUAUCGAUGGGGUCUUUGUGUAUUUGGUGUGUUUAUUGAGCUAAGCACUAGAAAUACAGCAAUGAACAAAACUCCUUGUUCUCAUGGAAUUUACUGUAUGUUUUACUUACUGUCUGUUUUCCCAUUACAAAGUAUCUUAGAUAGCGAUAAGUGCCAAAGAUAAAAAUAAAGCAGGGAAGGCGCUUGGGUUUGUGGGGGAGGGUUGCAAUUUUAGGUCAGCCAGGGGAUCCUUCACCCAGAAGGUGACAUUUGAGUAAAGCCCUAAAGGAAACAAAGGUCAGAUCAUACAAAAAGAGUAUACCAGGCCAGAAGACAGCAGCGGUGAGGACCUGAAGGGGAGCAUGCCAGGAGUGUUGGGGAGAGGGCAGUGGGGUAAAUAGUCAGAGCACACCUUGUAAGGACUUUGGCUUUUUCUUGAAGAUGGGAAGCCAUGGGAGGCUAUAUUGUGCAGAGGAAUGAAUUGAUCUUACUCUUGUUUAACAAAACCUUGAGGAUAGGGGAGAAAGACAGGUUAGGAGCUCGUUGCAGUAAUCUAGGUGACACCUGUGGAGGUGGUAAGGCAUAGCUUAAUUUUUUGAAGGUUAGAGCCAGUAAGAUUUGCUGAUGGAUGAUUGGAUGAGAGAAGGAGGAGUCAUGGAUGGCAAUGAGGAUUUAGGCCUGCCUUGGAGUUGCCAUUUGCUGAGCUGGGGAAGAUUGCUGGAAUAGAACAGGUUCGGAAGGGAUGUCAGGAGCUUGGCUUUGGAUAUUUUGCAUUUCAGAUGCUUGUUAGACAUACAAGUGGAGAUGUUGAGAAGGCAGUUGAAUAAGUCAGAAAGAUGGACUUGAGCCAAAUGAACAAUGCUAAAGUAGCUGUGCUGGGGGCUUCCGGAGGAAUCGGGCAGCCCCUUUCACUUCUCCUGAAGAACAGCCCCUUGGUGAGCCGCCUGACCCUCUAUGAUAUUGCUCAUACACCUGGAGUAGCUGCUGAUCUGAGCCACAUCGAGACCAGAGCAGCUGUGAAAGGCUAUCUCGGACCUGAACAGCUGCCAGAUAGCUUGAAAGGUUGCGAUGUGGUGGUUAUUCCAGCGGGAGUCCCAAGAAAACCAGGCAUGACACGGGAUGACCUGUUCAACACCAAUGCCACAAUUGUGGCCACCCUGACUGCUGCCUGUGCCCAGCAUUGUCCUGAAGCCAUGAUCUGCAUCAUUGCAAAUCCGGUUAACUCCACCAUCCCAAUCACAGCAGAAGUUUUCAAGAAACGUGGAGUAUAUAACCCCAAUAAAAUCUUUGGUGUGACAACCCUGGACAUUGUCAGGGCCAAUACUUUUGUUGCAGAACUGAAGGGUUUAGAUCCAGCACGAGUCAACGUUCCUGUCAUUGGUGGCCAUGCUGGGAAGACCAUCAUCCCCCUGAUCUCUCAGUGUACCCCCAAAGUGGACUUUCCCCAGGAUGAGCUGACAGCCCUCAUUGGGCGCAUCCAGGAGGCAGGCACGGAGGUGGUCAAGGCUAAAGCUGGAGCAGGCUCUGCCACCUUGGCCAUGGCGUAUGCUGGUGCCCGGUUUGUCUUCUCCCUUUUGGAUGCAAUGAAUGGAAAGGAAGGAGUUAUUGAAUGUGCCUUUGUGAAAUCUCAAGAAACGGACUGUCCCUAUUUCUCCACACCAUUAGUGCUGGGGAAAAAUGGCAUCGAGAAGAACCUGGGCAUUGGCAAAAUCUCCUCUUUUGAAGAGAAGAUGAUAGCCGAGGCAACUCCUGAGCUGAAAGCCUCAAUCAAGAAAGGAGAAGAAUUUGUAAAGAACAUGAAAUAAGAAAACAAUGAAAGAGUACUCGGUUUCCUUAAUUUAUUAAGGCAUCAUGUCACUGUAAAGCCGUUUCAGAUACGUUUAUAUUUUAAUUUGCUUUGAUGAUGUUUUAUUGUAUUAACAUUAUCUCUUCCAAAUUGCUGGUUGGUCUAUCGGUGCGUCAAUAAAAGCGGUCUUUGAUUUUCUUUUUCAAGGUCCUCUCUGUAAACAUUGUGCUUUCUUCCCCAUUAGAGCUGACUUCAAAGUGUCUGUCACCUGUUUUCAUUAAAAAUCAGAACUAGAUGCUGUUUAAAUAUUAGACUGAAGCAUGAUGGUUUCAUCCAAAAGCCUAAAAUGUUUACUUCUGAAAUAGGAUGAACUAUCUAAAGUAAACCAGUAAGUGCUCCUUGCAACCCUACUUUUUGCACCAUUGCAUCCUUCAGGUGACUAAACUGAAGGAAGGGUCAGCCCAGGUGUUUCAGACCUGAUCGUUAGUGUCUUUUCACCCUCAUAGCAACAGUUGCUCAGCGACCAAUGCCAGGCAGCCAUUUUCUGGCUAAGCAAGCAGCACUGCCUUCUGCGUCGGAGCUGCCCUGGCUGACCUUGGUCCUUUUCUAAAUUUCACACUCUUUUGACCGAGUUCUGAGGCUCAGUGACAGUGAUAACCCGUUAGGAAGAAGAGUUAUGAGGACAGUUCCAGAGGGAGGGCAGGGGACCAAAUGCCAGCUACCAGGGCAGUGCUCUCCGUAUAAAAAGAUGGUUUCAUGCUUGCGUCAGCAGCCUAAAGAAAGGACUUGGUUAUAUUAGUUGGGCUUAGGAUAAAAACGGGGGAAGAAAAGGGAGAUUGAUUCUGCUUAUAAUCUGGGUAGUCUUCUCUGGAAUCUGGCCCCUGAAGUAGAAACUCAGGUCCAUAUCUGAGAAGGAACCUUCUGGCAGCAAGUAACAGACAACCUGCCACUGUAGGGUGAAAGGGCAGGUGGGGUGGAGGUAUGCCCAGGAAGUGGAUGCUCGUUUAUCCACAACUUUUUUUAAAGUAUUAAAAAUGAAAUAAAAUUUAUUAAAAAUGAAAUCAUAAAAUAUAACAUUGUACAUGUGCAUUAUAUAAAACCUAAGCAGCCGAAAAAAUAAAGCAGGAGGAAAAAUUAACUGGUAAUAGAAUUUGUCCUCUUUAAUUUUGUACAUUUUAUAAAUUGAGAUUAUGCUUCAUGUACCAUUUUGUAACCUGGUUAUCACUGCAUAAUAAACCACCCCCAAACUUAGUCGCUUAAGGCCCCAGCCAUUUGUUAGGCCUCACUAUUCUGUGGGCUACCUAGGCUGGGUGGGUUUGCUUUUCUACCAGACGUUAGCUCAGGCUGCAGUCACACAGAGGCUUGACUGGGCUGGAGCAUCCAUGACGGCUCCCCCACAUGGCUGGUGUUUGGGGAAUGCUGGGGCAGCUGGGCUUCUCCACAGGGCCUCUACAGCAGGGUGGCCAGAUUCCUUACAUGAUGGCCCAGGGUUCCCAAAAGUGUAGAAGCAGAAGCUGCCAGGCUUUUCUAAGGCUUUAGUUCAGCUGGCAUAGCAUCACUUCCGUCACAGUCUCAGCAAGUCACAAGGCAAGUCCAGAUGCGUUGUGGAUGGGGAUUACACAAGGGCGCAAGUACAGGAGGCAUAGUUGUU